UAACUCCAUUUAAGCAAUUUAUGCAAGGAGAGUUCCUAUCCAGUCAAAAGUUGGCAUCUACAUUAGAAUCUUCACGUCAAACAUGUUUUCGCCAAAGUCCCCAAAUUUUAAAAUUGAUUUUCCGGAAUUAAUUUCCGAGAAAAAAAUAAUAUUCCCACAAGUUUUCAUCCAUCGUCGGAAGGAACAAAGUGGAUUGAAGAAACAUAUUCUAAAGUGCCACGUGGAAAAAUCAAACGUCGAGAGUGAACUUCAGGUCCCUCAGCCAGCUACCGAAGAUAUACAAUCGUAUACAGGACACCAACCAGUUAACACUCCAGGAACUUUGAAGUCACCGGAGAGACGUUACAAAGUAACGCAAUUAAGAACCCAUGCACCUCCAUUUCAAGCCCCAAAAAUACCAGCAACCACUUUUAAGACGCGUGGUUCCUUCAGUGCUUUCGUAUCAACAGAAAGAAAACCUACAUAUGCAACCAAACAAUUGCCACCAGUUUUUGGGUGUGGCUCAGAAUCUGCCAAAUCAAUGGCAUUUUGUAAAUCCCAUAAAUCUACAGCGUACGCCGACUGGAUUUCGUCCCUAAACUCCCCUUCCAAUACAUACCAACCUUUGGAAAUUGUGGACAAGCCCAAAGAAAAAACUCUCCCCAAGAUUCACCGAUCCUUUGGCAAAAUGUCGAAGGAUCGGUAUGACGACGACGUUGAGUCGUAUGUUGACUACAAGGGCAGGUUCCGACAGCCAGCCGGAUUGCCCUUCCCUUUCUUAUUCUACGGGGGCUGUCCACCUUCGGGCGCACCAGACGACGCUCCCGAGAGGAGAGGCACAGGACGAUCUCGUCCGGGCGGUGAGCCUGCUGCCAGAAACUCCGCAAAUGAAACCCCCACUAGCGCUGCACCACAAAAUGGGGCACAAGUGCCCUCUCCUGACCUGGAGCAACCUUCCCCGGCAACAGCAGAUGUGCAAGACCCUUCUGUUACAGUAGGUCAACUUCCAGAAGACUGCACAUUGUUCUUUCAAGAACGGCAAAUGUCAACGAAUACGCUCGGAAAUUUGAAUGUCUAUCGAAGAAUCCAAAGGGUCACACGAUUACUGGACAACAUCGUCAACCGUGAAGAAUGUAUGGAAAACCUUGAUGACGCCCGAGUUCUAUACGAACAUUAUCGGGAAAAUAAAUCCUUCAAAGAAUUUACAGACUUGCUGGGACAAUUACACCAGCCAGUGUACACUGAUUUCGUUCGGUUUUAUUUCGGGAGGCGCCCUGAUGUACAACCAUAUUUCGAAAGAGUGUCAGGCGCCCUGAGUCAUUACGGGUGCAAAUACACUUCAAAAAAGACAGGUCACUUGCCCGGUUGCACGAGACAAUAUACCACCCCCACCACACAUGAUUCGAAGAUAAGUGUUAGCAAUAAUACGACACCAGAGCCAUCGGAAUUUGAGGGAAAGAUAAGAACAACGAACAGGUCUCGUAGAACCGAGUCCGGUGUGCGACAGGCAUCAAGCCCACUUACAGUUGAAAACAGUUCUCCGGACUUUUGUGAUACAACAAUUUCUAUGACCCCGGAUUCAGAACCCUCUGUGCCAUCAAAAAGAAGUUCAUCUGCACGCGAGAAAAAUAGUGAUAACCUUGCCACUGCGGGAAAAAAUCACAAUUUAAGGAACACAGAUAUAACGCAAUCCGAUAAUGCAGUACCAACACAUAAGCCGACGUCGGAUUAUGCAAAAGGGAGAGAGCGCGUCGAGCGACGGGGGUACUCACGUCAAAGUUCCAGUAGGACUGAAAUGGGCAUAUCAUCAAGUUCAAGUGAAAGCAGUUGGCCGGAAUAUUGUGAUAAAACAAUUUCCAUGAGCCCCAAUUCUGAACCAUCUAUGCCAUCAAGAAAAACUGCGACUGCAGGCAAAAAGAAAAAUUCUAAGUUUAUGGAUGCAUCAAGAGGCCUAAAUUUAACAAGGACAGCUAUAAACUCUUCCGAUAGUGGAAAUAAAAUAAAUAAAUAUGUAAUUUGGUUACAAUAAUUACAUCAAUUUGAUGAAAUGAAAUUAUUAGAAGACGAAAUAGCGACGCAUAAGCCGACGAACUCACUACGCAGGGAAAUGACGGGAUCAUCGUCGGGAUCAUCAUCGGAUAAUUUAAUUGGUCCAUCAAAAGAUCUCAAUUUAACAAGCACAGCUAUAAACUCUUCGAAUGAUGAGCCGAAAAUAACCAGACAUAAGAGAAAGCCAAAGCCUCGAGUCCGCUAUUCACCGUCCGACUUUGAACGUGUAAGAGACAAUUCACGCAGAACAGAAGUGACCAGAUUACCUGCUGCUGGUCCCACAGAUGACACUAAUUUGCAAAUCGGGACGCCCAUAGUGAAGCCUUCUCGAGUGAGAAAACCAAAAAUAAGGUUCACCCCUUCGGAUUAUCAAACAAAACCACGUGCAACAACUCAAAGUUCAAGCACAAAUGACAUUUCCCCAGUUCCAUCCAAUUCUGGAGUUGUUUCAAAGUCAACUACUCGAAGGAAACUUGACUUCGCAGACGUAAAAACACAAGUUUCGCAAGGCUCCAAAAUUCUCCACGCUGAUGAUUCUGAUGAUUCGUCCAGUUCCAGUUCAUCAUCUUCCCAAAAAGGUAAGUGGCAUUAUUCGUUUGGCUAGUAAUUCGUUUGGCUAGAUAUACAUAUAUGUAAGUAUAUAUGCAUAAAACACAAUUUUCACACAUUUUAUAACCACACGCACUUUAUAAUUAAUGAAAUGAUUAUAAACAUAUGUAUGUAUGUAUGUACAUCGGAUUAGAAUCAUACAAUAAAUGAAAUCUCAAAAUAUACCUGAAAAAUGACCGUACCAAUCCCUAAAAUAUGGCCAUAAAAAUUUUUUGGGCUUGAUCGGGAAUAAGAAUAUGUCCUACAUACAAUUCGAUAAUCUGACUGACCCAUGUGAGAAAAUAUUACCCACCUCCCUUCAUUGAAUCCUACAACAAAUUCUAAAAAUAAAUCUCAUACGGAAAGGACUGAAAGAGAAACUAAAAGGACCCAGGUCAAAAGAUUCGUCCCUUGAAAAAUCGACAUCACCAGAGAUUCCAACAGGUACUCCAGGAGACGACAAUAAAGUCGACUCUCCAGAAACGUCUGAUCGAUCAUCUCCUGGUUUCUACCCGAAUGAGUACAAUUGCUUUUUAGUUCAAGCGGAUUCCGAAGGUCCAGAUUUAUAUGACCCCUUGGAAAUUACGACUCGAAUUUGGUACACAGAAAUGGAAGUCUUAAAUGUCUUUGAUGAGACAGAUUUUGGUUUUACUGGAGUGGAAACCGAAAUUUUAUCCUUGGCCCCCAACACUUGUGUGACAUCUGGAAUUGCAGUGCCCUAUGCUCUUAAAAUUAUGCAGGACUGCAUUAUAGAUUACCAAGAUCAGAAAAAGAAAAAAUUGGUUUCUGGCAUAAUUUACCACUCCAACCACAACGACAAAGUGGCACCCGUGCCAAUAUUCACUACUUCUCCGGUUUGCCUGCCAAACGAGGGUGAUUUCGAUGACGACUGGGGAAUAUUAUACACCGUGAUAUUCUUUAAAGUUCACGCCUUUCUUGUUGAGAUGGAUUUUGCCAAGCACAAAAUUAGGUUUAUGGACUCAUUAGCUGAUUACCUGAGUCAAGUGCAAAAGAAGGCCAUCUUCAAUGCAAUCCGUGACGUUCUCAGGGAGAGAUAUUCAAUCGUUGAUUGGGUGUUUGAAGACAAGGGAUCAGCGCGGCAAGGUAUAAAUGAUUGCGUCAUCCUAUCCCUGAUGAACCUAAAAGCCAGGUUACUGGAUUUGGAUCACAUGCUCCCUCAGCAUGUUAACCCGUACGAUGCCGGAGAAUAUCGGGACAACAUGAUUGAAGAGCUGAUGAAGACGACGGACAUUGGAAGCACGUUUUUUGCAAAAUGUAAAAGCUCAAAGGCGGUGCUGAAUCAAAUAAAUAGGCGAGAAGUUCAAAGGAAGAAGAUCUUUGAACUUUUGACAAAAAGGAACCUGAUUGCGAAAAUUUAUAACCGGAUGGAAAACAUCCAAGCACAACUGGACGAUGGGACCACAAACCCAUACUUUACACAACUCGAGGUCAGACUUAAUCGACUACAAGGCGAACUGGAGAAAGACGUGGAGGAACAUGAGCUUGACUUUGCAAGAAAUAGAGCUUUGCGCAAUUCGCAAGUUACGUAACUUGCAAUUUUUGGAAUUUCCUCUCCUAGCUGGGUCUCCUAUUCAUCAUCAAUGCCAAAGUGGGGCCAAAUCUGAACCAAUCAUCACUUUUAUGCAGUCUGCACCUCGACAAUAAUACAGAUCAAAUCUGUUUCCUUUACAAUGUUUCUUAAUUACCCUGUUCACACAAUAAUCCAAGUAUUAUGGUAAAUAUACGACAUUUUUUAUUAAGGUUAGGGGUUUGAAUGUUCGACUCCUUUGUAGUCAGCUUUUCUUAUCUAUGUAUGUGUGUGAUACAAUAAUGUAUGUAUUCAUAAAGUAAUAACCUUUUAGACUUUUAUAUUGAUGUACAGAACUCAUGCAAGCAUUUAAUCCGUUUAAAAAGUUUAGGUCUAAACGUAAAAAUUCAUUUUUUUAGAAACAGCAAGAACGAUCAUGAUUACUUUUAAUACACGUAUAAACAUAAUUAGAUCAAUUUAUAGACUUAGAUCCACGAUUAAACUCAUGUUUAAUUUCUAUUGUAUCAAGGAAAUUAUUGUUUGCAUUUAUAAUUAUCCAAUAAAAUAAAAUUUUUAACCUCAAUUAUUUAGCCAUGUCCAAAUUAUCGAUGAGAUGCAUAAUUUUUUAUAAUUAAUUACGCAACAUACAGCUGGAAACUUUCAAAUUACUCAUCAUCUAUAACCGAGAAAAUGCAGUACUAUUAAGUAGUGUCCUUAACGUAAGAUUAGGUGACUCAUCGUCACAGGUCUAAAAAUCUGAAUACUUUUACGCAUUUCUCCGUUCUGGGAAUUUAUUUUUAAAUUCUAUCAGAUCCAUUUGUAGACCAGGUCAGUACCAAUUUAUUAAAAAUAUGCACUCCAGAGUUUAUCAAGCUUUGAAGGAGAAGACCCAAGAUAAGCCCUCUAGUUAAAAGGCCUUCAGAAAAAUUUGGUGUCAAAAAAAUUGGCUUAUGCUUUUUUAAAAAAAUCAUCGCCAUCCUAUUAAUCAGCUUAUUGACUACAACUGGAUCAGAUAGAUUUUCUAUUUUCUAUUGCAUUCCUCUAGAAAACAAUUUUGAAAUCAUGGUGUAGAAAGUAACCUAAACUCCGUUUCACGUUACAUGGAGUACAUUACCCGAAUGAG